AUGGCUACUCAAGCCAGCCUAAAGCUAAACCCCUCCUCGUUCGCGUCUUCCAUAUGCGAAAGCUGCUCCAAGCCGCGUGAUAUGUCCCAUCCAUGGCACCACCCUCCUCUCUUCAACGAUUCCGCACGAUCAGAUCUCGGGCUUUGCCGGUUUGUGUGCACAGCGCCGCCGCAGCCGCCGAAGUCACCCGCCUCCGACUGUUCACGCGAUGCCGCGGCUUUGCACGGAGGGGAAGCCGCCAAUGGUUCUAUCAGUAGUGGUUCCGCCGGUCGUUACGCACGCGCGGUGCCACUCAAGAAGCGCGACGCCGCAUUCCUCCAAGAGCUGUUCGUGCGCGAGGAAAUGGCGGCGCAACGCGAACGUCGCACGCGCAUUCGCGAACUUGUUGUGAGCGACCCCGAAGCACUCUCUCCGCUCACCGACCCCGUUCCCGCAGGAUGCCCAGUGGCGCGCGGUUUUUUCCCGCAAACGGCGGUUUUGGCAGGGUGCGCGCGGGACGACUUGUUGGGGGUCGAAGUGCGCACCAACGUUCCGCUUGAAGCCAUAGAUAUCGGGCUCGAGUCGCACAAUCGGCGAAUAGGUGACGUGUACAGCGUGUUACCGUUAUUCGCGAUCCCGAUGGGCGGAACAAACGGCCCGGGCUCGGAUCUUGGCAACGACGAAACUUUAGCAGCGCCGUUGGGGAUUAGGCGGAAAGCAUGGGCAGACGACGACGACGAGAGCGAGGGGGAAGACGACGCGCACAGCACGCGGUCGCUGCCUUUGAAGAGCGGUGGCGGGGGGAAGUGGGGAGGGCGGAAGCAGAUGGGCGGAGCGGAGUCCGAAGCCGAAGGCGGAAUUGCGAAGGGGGAUUCACGCGCGCGGGCGCAGCAAUGGCGGGUAGCAGUGGUGGCGGCGGAUGACCACAUGGCGGCGGACCCCGCGCUGCUGCGCGAUUGGUUCAGCGUCUGCGGCAACACAAGGGCGCUCUCCGCGUAUCUGCAAAAGGCAGGCCGUCGGGGCUCGCCGCUGCGGCUGCGCGGCAUGACGAUAGGGCCGCAAGAGCGCGACGCGACGCGCAACUUAGUGUCGAGCGCGCACUUCUCCUGGAUGCUGCAAUACGCCAUCGAUUACGCCAUCUGCCGCUGCGCCGCCGCCGCUGACUCACCGCUGGAUGUAUGCCACGUGGCGGAAGCAGCGCGGGUUCCAGAAACUGCGGAAAUGGGUAAAGGCACGGCGAGGCGCUCCGCGGCGGGGGACGAACAAGAGAGCGCGGCGGCGGGCAUAACGGGUUUCGCAGAGCACCGUGGAGCUAUUCCAGCGUCCGUUUCCGGGCGUUCCGCUGCGACGACCGGCACGAGCGCGCGGAACUCCUUAUCGUCUGCGCCAGAGGCUGGCGGACUGAUAGCCGCGGAAGAUUUCCCGCAACGAAGCGCGAACCUAUCCGACAACAUUCCCCUCUGUGACUCGCAAUACGAUUCGGAUCGGUCGGGUCCCCUGGACUCCGCGCGGGACGACGCUGGGUCGUCGCGUGCGAAGUCGUACAGGCGCUCUUCGACGCUGGGUGCGACGGAUCUUCACCGGAUCAUCUCCGCGACUGGCAGCAGACGGUUGCGCGGAAACACGGGCAGCGAUAAAGAGAGGAGCGGGAGCGGCAUGGAAAGGGCUGAUCGAGACAGGGUGAAAGAAGGGAUGGCAGAACACGAUGCUGGGAAAGGGAACCGGAAACGCACUGCCUGCACAGGGGGAGGCUCGGGUAGUGCCCUUUCAGGCUCUAAAACUUCCUCCUCUGAGUGCGUAAGUGCUACGCGCGUAGGAGGGUGGAACCAAAACUUUGAGUCGGGUGGUGGGACAAAAAAAACUGAUAUCGACGAGUCUGGUUUGAAGUCUCGGGUUGCAGGAGGUACAGCAGCAGCACGGAUGGAUGGAGGGUUGGGUGGAGCAGAAGCAGGCAAGGGUGUGUUUCAGAAUGUGCAGCAGCCGCAGCAGCAGCAGCAGAAGAAGGAUGGUGAUGGGAAGGUGAAUGUGAUUGUAGAGGGGGGAGUGGCACCUGAGGAUAUCUUCGGUUUCCUACGUGAUUCCAGACUGACAGCCACUGUGGCAAAAGAGGGGCCUUUUGGUGCACCUCAAAAGCCGUUUUGUUCCAACACAGCAGCCCAAACACCGCAAGCAUUGCAGGCACCGCAAGCAGCACCGCAAGCAGCGCAAGCAGCUCAAGCUCCUCCGGCUUCUCAGCCACCUCAGGAGCCACAGGCACUGCAGGACCCUCCGGAUUUGUUUGAUUUCCUUCGUGAUCCACGGCUUAAGGCCACAAUGCCAAAAGGGGCCGGUGCAUGGAUUACCACUGCAGCAGCAGGAGCAGCAGGUGCAGCAGUAGCAGCAGCAGCAGCCCCAGCAGGAGCAGCAGCAGAUGCGCCUCUUUCCUUCGGGUCGUCCCUGCAAACCAACCUCCACCUGGACGUAUCUGGGGAAGGUGCUGCCAGUGUGGGACAGGAGUCAGCUGAGAGAGUCUCGCCUUUGGAGAGGAAUGGCAGAGGGAGCAGGCAGCACCAGGAGAGCCAAAUACUUUCCAACCCUGUUUGGAGGAGAGCAUCUGCUUUUACUGUCUCUGCUGCCUCCGCUCCCACCUCUCCUAGAGCAGCAACCAAACCUGCCCUGCUGUUUCAAAGCCUCACUCCUCCUACCCACCUGUCGGCUUCUCUGGGGAAAGGGGGUCAGGAGGGUGGCGAGGGGAUGAGGGAAGGCGUGCUGUGGGCGGAGGGGGAAAGGAAGGUUCGGGAGCAUGUAGAGAGCGGGUUUUUUCAGGGAAUGCAGCAGGUGCAGAGUGGAGAGCAGCAGCAGCAGCAGCAAGGGAGGAAGAAGGGGAUGGCUCGGUGUUUGUCGAUGGGACUUCCCAAAUUUGCGUCGUCUGUUCCACCCAUCUCCCGCCGCAAUACCUCCGAACGGCUCACCAAUGCUGCAGCUGCUGUUUCUGGUUCUAGUGUUAGCUAUCUUGCAGCCACCGCAUCUGACCGCCCUGCUGCUGAUGAUGCUGGUGCUUCUUUCACAGCUGCAGGUGCCCCUGCUCUUGCUGCUCCGCCUCCUGCUCCUGCUGCUGCUGCUGCUGCUGCUGCUGUUGGCACAGGGGCUGGCUCAGCCACAGCAGGCCACAUAAGCCCAACAGGCCCAUCAGCACCACAGGAGCUCCAAAUGCGGCCAUUAGCAGCCCACAUGCGGGCGGCCAGCUUCAGCUCCCAGAGCAGCCUGAGCAUGAGGGAAUCACCUUUCACCACCACUCUUGCAGCCCGUGCUGGUGCGACAAACAGCCGUGACCCCAAAAGAGCGCUAGGCAAGAGCUCAAGCUAUGAGACAGGCUCAGCAGUUUCAAGCAGGGUUGUCAGGAUGCCCUUUGGGUCGCCUUCCGCUCACUCUGCAGUUGGCGCCGGGGUUUUCCAGAAAUUCACACACGAUGGCUUGAUGACCCCAUGUGAAGAUUCGUGCAUGGAGGAAGAUGUGUCGCCUCCACCCCUGCAGCCCUCCCCGUUUCUCGCCGCGAUCAUAUCCUCUUCCCAAGCUUCCUCCUCCUCUUCCCUUUCCCGUUCCCUAUCCUCUCUGAAGCCCCCUGCUCCGUCACUCACCAGUGCUUCCCCUUCCUGGCAACUGGAGCAGUCUUCUUGCAAACUGUCGCGCUCCCAGUCAUCUAACUCUGUCGCUGCAGCGGCCCUCGUUUCCCCGUCGCCCCGCCUGCUGAUGCGGUCUCCAUCUGCUCUCUCUGCGAGGAGGAAAGCCCCGGCGGCUGCUAUACGUCUUCUACUCACCCACCCCCCCCCCCCUUCCGCCCCCAACCUCCUCUCACACCCCCCGCCCUUCCUCUCCCCACUUAAGACCCCCCUCGCCCGCUGUCCCCUCCGCUCCCCUCUCCCACCCCUCGUUGCUCACCUCGUUCUCCCCCCCCAGUUCCCUUCACGUCCCCAUUUUUCCCGCCCUUCACCCGCAUUUUCCCCUUCUCCCCCUUUUCCCCCAUCCCCAGGUACCUCAGGUGCCUCAGGUGCGGCCGUAACUUCCUCUGUGGCUCUGGAGGAGGAGCUGAGGGCGCAGGGGGAGGGCGGAGAGGCUAUGGCGCAGGGGGAGGGCGGAGAGGCUAUGGCGCAGACUUGA